UCCCGCCCCUCAUAAAGCUUUGAUGAGACACUUGAGCCGCCGCCUGUGUUGCCGGGGCGGCGGGAGGCGGCCGGUGGGACUGGGCGCCCGGGAGAGGAUGUGACUUCCCGGAGGGGACCCGGACGAGCUUUGUGUGGACGACGAGUUCCACCAAGUGAGAAGAGUGAUGACCAUCCUUUUCCUUACUAUGGUUAUCUCAUACUUCAGUUGCAUGAAAGCUGCCCCCAUGAAAGAAGCAAGUGUAAGAGGACAAGGCAGCUUGGCUUACCCAGGUCUUCGGACCCACGGGACUCUUGAGAGCCUAAAUGGGCCCAGUGCUGGUUCAAGAGGAUUGACUUCGCUGGCGGACACUUUUGAACAUGUCAUAGAGGAGCUUCUAGAUGAGGACCAGGACAUCCAGCCCAGCGAGGAAAACAAGGAUGCAGACUUGUACACAUCCCGAGUCAUGCUCAGCAGUCAAGUGCCUUUGGAACCCCCGCUGCUCUUUCUGCUCGAGGAGUACAAAAACUACUUGGAUGCUGCAAACAUGUCCAUGAGGGUCCGGCGCCACUCCGACCCAGCUCGCCGCGGGGAGCUGAGCGUGUGUGACAGCAUGAGCGAGUGGGUGACGGCGGCAGAGAAAAAGACUGCAGUGGACAUGUCUGGGGCGACUGUCACCGUCCUGGAAAAAGUCCCAGUACCCAAAGGCCAACUGAAGCAAUACUUCUACGAGACCAAAUGCAACCCCAAGGGGUACACAAAGGAGGGCUGCAGGGGCAUAGACAAGAGGCACUGGAACUCCCAGUGCCGAACUACCCAGUCUUACGUGAGAGCUCUCACCAUGGAUAAUAAAAAGCGAGUUGGCUGGCGCUUUAUAAGGAUAGACACUUCCUGUGUAUGUACAUUGACCAUUAAAAGGGGAAGAUAGUGGGUUUGUGUUGUAUAGAUUAUAUUGAGACAAAAUUAUCUAUUUGUAUAUAUACAUAACAGGGUAAAUUAUUCAGUAAAAAAAAAAGAAAAAAAAAUUUUAUGGACUGCAUGUAUAACUGAAGUUUAUACAGUACAGUGGUUCCACAAUCUAUUUAUUGAACAUAUCCAUGACCUGAAGGGGAACAAAAGUCAUUUGCGCACAAGUUUAAAAAAAAAAAAAGAGGAAAAAAAAAGGUAAAAAAAAAAAAGGGAAAAGCAAGCAAACAAAAAAGUCUGCAUUACAUUCCUCGAUAACAUUGUGGUUUGUCGCCGUUGCCAAGAAUUGAAAAUACAAAAAGGUUAAAAAAAAAAAGAAUAAAAUUGCAUGCUGCUUCAAUUGUGAAUUGAUGAUAAACUGUCCUCUUUCAGAAAAAUAAAUUGAACCAAAACAUUCCGUUUACAUUUUAGACAGUAAGUAUCUUUAUUCCUGUUAGUACUAUAUCUGUUUACUGCUUUUAACUUCUGAUAGCGUUGGAAUUAAAACAAUGUCAAGGUGCUGUUGUCAUAGUUUUACUGUUUCUCUUUUACUUUUGAACUCCCAUCAGAUUGAAAAAGAAAAAAAAAAAAAGAAUCAUUACCUUAUUCUGGAUUAAAAACCAAUUUGUUUUUUGGAUGUUGUGAAGGUGUUUGCAAUAGCAAUCCAACUACUGACAAAAAAUAAUAAUAAAAAAAGAGGCAACUUUAAAAAAAAAA